CAUCGGUUACAUUUGUAAAUGAGAUCAUUAGAUUAAAGUUCUAUACUUUUACUGAAAGACAAUACCGACUUAACUGUAGUUUCCUCCUACAUACAUAAAGAGUGUAUAUAAAGCCUUGUAAGUAUUAAUGAUCCACCAUCACCAUGACUGAUUCCUUGGAUUAUGUGCCAAGCAUACAUUUCAAAAAGUCUAUCUAUAUCAUAGGAAUUUUUCUUCUGAUCACAUCACAAUCUGAAGCAGCUCUAAAUCCAAAUGAGAUCAAUAAAAUUUUAACGACGCACAAUUUAUACAGACGCUUGUUCGCCAAUGGAGCAUACAAUGUGUUUGUAGCAGACAUGAAAAAAUUGGAAUGGAGUUUUGACUUGCAGGAAAGGUCGAAUAGAAUGUUACAAUGUGAUAGACUAAACGCACUCUCGAGAUCUCCUGACGUUUCAAUUAAUAUUGGAUCUUCACUUCGAAGAAAUUAUUCCCAUAUAAUUCGGUCAUGGUUCAUUGAAAUACGCACUUUCCUGCCUGAAUUUAAAACUUGUUUGUUUUUGAACGAUUGUAAGCGGUUUUUGACGCUUAUAAAUUCAAAGCAAAGAAAAGUGGGUUGCAGUGCUAUCACGUGUCCUAUAAAUAACACUGAAACUUUUGUUUUCAUGUGUCAGUAUGAAGGCGGGCAGGAUAUUAUGAAGCCGUAUAAAUUGGGUCAACCAUGUUCAAAGUGUACAGGAGAGGAAAACUUUUGCGAGCGUGGACUAUGUGUUUCUUGCAGUUCAUCAAAUCAGAAUUGUGAUUGUAGGAAAUCGUGUGUGAAACCUGGUCUUGGCUCUGGACAUCUGAACAGUACAACAUGUACAUGCAACUGUGAAUAUGGAAUGGGUCCGAACUGUGAUGAGCCUUGUCAGAACCCAGAACAGUACAUCGAUUAUGAUAUAUGUGGUUCUGUUACCCCUGAAAACUGCUUAUCAGAUGAUCAUGAUGAACGAGAUAUGCUGUCUGAAUUCUGCCCAGAACAGUGUGCGUGUAACAAAGCACCGGAAUAGGCUACCAGUGGUGAUGAGAGUGAAAGAACUUCUUCGUCUUUAAUUAUUGCUGUAGUGCACAAACCAUAAAUAAAGGAAAAACAGUGACUUUACAACGAUACUUCAUAUUUGAGUGUUUGUGUGUACAGUUAACAUUAUAUGUUUAACCAUCAUGUGGAAAUGUUUUACAAAACUCACUUUUGUAAAGCACAUUUUUUCGAAUUAUAUAUCAUCCAUUGUUAAGCCACCCAUAUUUUCUUGACCUUAAAUACUUUGUUUUGUUUGUGUCAUUUUUCUAAUGCUAUUAUCACGCAGUCACAAAACUAAUUUAUUUUAUAACAAAUAGUACUUUUUAAGUCGUAUUUGACGUUAAAAUGACAUGUUACACAAAUUUGAACAUAUUUUCAAAAUUGUUUGUUGGUUUGGUUACCCGUCAAUAUAUGUAUUUUUAAAAUUACUUUUAGCAAACUAGUCCCUAAAUUAAGAGUUACAGUAUCUUUCUUUAUGCAUACCUAUCUUGUUGUUUGAUAAU